AUGCCUCCUCGUGAAGGCAUUAGAAGACAUGUUAAUACACUUUGCCAGCAGACUCGAAGACAACAAAUAUCCGAUCGUAAUCUAGGGCUUUUGGAAGCAAUGCCAAAGGCAUUCCCAUCAGCAUAUCAUGGAUGGUGUUUACAACACCUAAAGAAUAAUUUUAGGGACAAGUUGAAGGGUAUGGAGAAUGGUUUCAAGGAAUACUUAAUAAGGAAGUUGGGUGAUUGUGCAUAUGAACCAACUAUGGCAGGUUUUCAUGCAUUACUAGAAGAGUUGAAGAGUGAGGGGAAGCAGCGAGCAUAUAACUUCUUGCCAGGGUUAGAACCAGAACAUUGGGCAAAUGCUUACUUUAGGGGACAACGAUAUGGUGAGAUGACAUCCAAUGCUGCUGAAUCAUUCAACAAUUGGAUUAAAGAAGCACGAAAUCUUCCAAUAACAAAAUUGGUUGAUACUAUCCGGAAUCAAAUAAUGUGUCAAAUGUCAGAGCGAAGGGAUAUUGCAAACAAGUGGAAUGGAAUUAUUUGCCCUAUCCAAGAUUCAUUCAAUUCUAGUAGGUCAUGGAAUGUGAGUAAAGCUAAUGAUGAUGUGUUCGAGGUGCAUUCGUUUCCAUCAGUUACCGUUGAUGUUGGACGCUGUGUUUGUUCUUACUACCAGUGGCAGGUAAAUGGAUUUCCUUGUGAACAUGUUGUUGCGGCUAUCCAAAGGAGUGCAUAUAAUCUUAAUGAUUGUGUUGAAAAAUAUUUUCAUGUAGAGAAUUAUAGGGAAGCAUAUGCAACGGCUAUUUUUCCAAUACCAUCUGUGGAGAAACCAGAUUUUUGCUCUAGUGAUUUCAUUAAAUUACCUCCAAUUGUAAAACGGCCAGCUGGUAGGCCGAGAAAGAGUAGAAUACCAUCUCGAGGGGAAAAAGUAAGUUAA